AGAAGAAAGAAAUUGAUUGAAAUUUAGUUAGGUUAUAUUUUGAUAAACACACUUAAAAAAAUUUAAUUCCAAAAUUUUUUUUUGUAAAAUCCUCAAAAAGCAACAAAAUGGAAGGCAACGACAAUGAUGUUAGACUAUCCCGAGCUAUUCUAGAAAUGAAAUUCAUGAAGAAAACCAAAGAAAAAGUGGAGAAAGAAAUUGAUGAUGAAGAAGGUAGAAGUAUGUAUUCCAAUGAAAUAACAGAUGAGAUGAGAAAAACAGGAAACCUUGUAUUUGUCUCGACUAGCAUAGUGAAUUGUAAGAACCUAGUUGAUGGUAGAUUAUCAUUUGGAGGAAAGAAUCCUGAUAUUGAGAAGUUAAUGUCCAGUAGCUACACAAAGCUGCUUGAAGAACAGGAACAGAAAAAGGAGAAAGAUGUUUCAGAUGCUGACAUGGCAAAGGGAUAUUCAACUCUAGUUAAAACGAUAGGAAAGAAAUUUAAUAAAGAUAAGAAGAAAAAGAAAAAGUUUGUGAAACCAUCAUCGGAAGAAAAUUUGAUUUAAUUUGUAUUAAGUGAUAGUGUUUAAAUAAAAGGUGUUUGGACAUAACAUGUAGAAUGAUUGUUGGAGAACUAUUAUUAAGGAUGCUUUGAUUUAUGAUCUUGUUUUGGAAGACACCAGAUUAAAUUAUCGAUAAUAAAUUUUUAUUUACA